AUGUCUGUCGCACCAGAAGCGGGGCAGCUUGUACGAUCAUUCAGCCUCGAAGUCGAGAACCAGCUUAGGCCAGAGGUUCCUGUCAAUGAUUUGCGCCGGGUUUUCGUUCGGAACGAGAGGAGACUGCAGAAAGAAGAAGAGGAAAGAGAAGACUGGCGUUCAUAUUAUGAGCCAUGGAAGCCUGUUGAUGCGGACACAAACCCAACAACCAUAGUUCUAAGAGAAAAGGCAGUACUUCUUAGCCAUGCUUGGAAAGUCUUUCGUAUCACACUGCCCAAAAAUGAGCAGGAAGCUCUUGAAGGGACAGUGCCUAGUGUGCAGGGGUUGAUCGGGAUGGUAGAGAGUACGUCCAAGAGGUGGCAGGAUAAAAGGAUGACAUCUAAGUCCGGCAAAUUUAUGAAGCAUUUCACAGGCUUCUGCGGCACUUUAGAUUCCCACUCGUAUAUGCUAGAGGUGCUUCCAGGUGGAAACGAGUAUGUUUCAUUAUUCACCGGAGUGUUGAAAACCGUUGUCAACGCAAGCGCAAAUCAUGAAAAGAUUGCUAGCAGCUUUGGAGAAGCACUGCUAAGAAUAAGUGUCCAUAUUGAGGCUUGUGAGAGAGAGGUUCGCUUACAUCGUACCAAAUCUAUGCAAGAGAAGAUCGUCAAGCUAUACGCUCAUGUAUUUCUUUAUCUUGAAGAUACUAUGGAAUGGUACCAGAAGCGGUCGCGAACACAUUUUCGAGAGGCUUUUCGGCAGAAUUUCAACGACAAAUUUGAAAGUACGAUCGUAAACAUCCAGAAUCUGUCGCUUGACGUACUUCGCGAAGCAAAUGUAUCAUCGAUGGCGGAAACCCGCCAGAUAAGGUUGACUGCGGAGGAAACGCUGGACGAAUUGAAGUUUGGGCAGAUGGACGCCCGAUUGUCGUUGGACAGUGUCGCUCGGAAGCUAGCAGAGAUGGAAUAUCAGAAUAAACAGUUGAGGUUAGAACUGCGGAGGGAAGCAGAAGAAAGACAGCAGCUAGAGCUCAACAAGACUAUGCGCUUGGAAGAGUUCCGUAAUAGUCUGGUUUCGCAAAUCGGCACAGGCAUGCGUCAUGAGCUGGAACGCGUAGCGCAAAAUAUGGUGAAUGAUGGCAUCUGGGACGUUCGAGGUCAAACGCGACGUACCGUAAACUUUAUCAACAGUUCCGCUAGCCACACAAUGGCCGCUCAAACAUACCAACGUCAAGACGUGAUCCUAGGUUCGAACCACCUACUCAACUUCUUCUCGGAAGGAUCGCUCGAAAAGCCUUACUCUCCACCUUACAACGUCCUCAACCUCGACCAGAACGCCUCCUCUCGCCUAAAAGAAUGGACUACCGAUUCCAAAAUCAAUCUACUCGCCGUCGCAGGCCGUCGUCCACACGGCCAUGAACCGCCUCCUAUGGCAAUGCUCGCAUCGAUGUGUAUCGAAUAUGCCGUCGCAGCGAAACUACCGGUGAUAUCUUACUUCUGCUGCCUGCCACAAAACGAUGACUUGCGCGAAGGCAAUACGAAGGAGGUUCAAGGGCUUCUCUCUCUGAUCUAUGCUAUGAUCCGACAACUUAUUAACCAACUGCCGGCUCAGUUCUCGUCCGAGCUCAAUCUCUCGUCGCAACGAUUUGCUGACCUCCAGGGUUCUCUGGCAUCCUGGGGCGUCGCAAUAUCCCUACUGAAAGACCUCGUUGAUAUUGUUCCUAGACCUUUGUUUUGCAUCAUCGACGGUCUCCAACUCCUAGACGACUGGAGCACAGAGACAUUACUCGAAGAGUUUAUCGCGGUACUGAAGGAAGGAAGUUCGAGCGGCGGAGACACCGAAGGCUUGAAGAUUUUGUUAACGACCACAGGUCGAUCAAGAGCUCUGGUGAAGUGCUUGGAGGCAAGGAAUCUCGUUCUAGCAGAUCGAGAUGGUGCUGCAGAUGGUUCUGCACGUCGAGCAGGAAAUCGAAGGUUCUUGUUUUGA